UAAUUUCAAAUAAUUUUUCUCUUCGGAAUAAUAAUAAUUCUAAUGGUAUAUAUAUAUAUGAUUCUAGAUUGUCAUUAAUUAAAUUCAUCAUUUUUCUCUUCAGCAGUCAUCAUCUUGUGUAAAUCAUGAUGACCUCCAAUUUAUCAUAUUCGCCGGCGUCUUACCUUAAUUACCACUACAAUAAAACGACUCCUCCUUGCUGCUUGCAAACCAACUCGAAAAGUUUUUUCUGUAGUAGUACAAGAAAUAAAGGUAGACGAACGUCACUAAAAACAGCAAUUAUCAAUGCCUCAUCUUCAGAUAAUCAAACGGCGACGGUCACACCGUCGUCUAUAACGAGCAAAGACGACAACGAUGUUGGUAAAGCAGCAGCAAUAGAGUCGGCGUGUGAUAUAGUGAGGAGAUUCUACGAUGGAAUCAACGACCAUGAUAUUGCCGCAGUGGAGGAGCUCAUCGCGGAAAAGUGUGUGUAUGAGGACCUUAUUUUUCCACGUCCCUUCGUUGGUCGCCAGGCUAUCUUGGAGUUCUUCAAUAAAUUCAUUGAUUCCAUCGGCAAAGAACUCCAGUUUGUUAUUGAUGAUAUAUCAGCUGAAGAUUCUUUAGCAAUUGGAGUUACAUGGCAUUUAGAAUGGAAGGGCAAGCCAUUCCCAUUUAGUAAAGGAUGCAGCUUUUACAAACUGCAGCUCUUCAACAACAGAAAACAAAUAAUUUAUGCACGGGACAGUGUUGAGCCUGCAAUCAAACCUGGAGAGGGAGCUCUGGUUAUCAUCAAGGCUGUUACUUGGUUAUUUCAACGAUUUCCUCAGCUAGCAGAUCAGCUGAAAUGAAAGAAAUAAAGACACAGCAAGAUAUGUUAGCCUUUAGUUGGCAAUUAGCAGCCAUAAAGACAAAAUUCAUAGACUCAACUGCACAGCACAAGCCCUGGAAACACAGAUUGAUAUAUUGUUAUUUUAAAUAAUGAUAAAUACAGUAUAUGGUAGGCCUCUUUUUCGUUUCUCA